CCAUGGCAAUGUGACUGUAGAUAUGCAUCCUUGUUAAUUUGCCGAAAAACUCUGCUGAAGAGAAUAGUAGGUGGAGUGUGUGUUCUGAAGCAACAGCGUUCGGAGUGUUGUGUUGGAACUAGUGGCUGAAGUGUUGCCUUGUGUUGUGAAUGAUCUAGUGCCUGGAGUGGAUUGUUGUGUUUAGCUGUGUUCUAUGGGUUGUGUUGUGUUUGUCCAGAGGGGACUAGUGUGACUUGACUGCUCUGUUCUGCAGGGACUGGUGGGCUGGGUUGUGAUGUGUUAUGUUCUGCAGGAACUGGUGGCAGGGUUGUGUUGUGUUCUGUUGUGUUCUGGAAGGUCUAGGGGCUGGAGUACUCUAUUCUAAAGCACUAGGGUUUGGAUUGUUGUGCUGUGUUCUUCAAGGACUUGUGACUCGACUGUUCCGUUGUGUUCCGAAGACGGCAGUGUCCAGACUGUUGUGUUGUGUUCCGCUUGGACACCUGACCCCUAGAGCCAGCUCCUCCCUCUCUCCUAUGACAUCAUCUCUUAUCUCUCCCUGGUCUCUGCUUGGUCAGAGCCAUAUUUAGUCCUCAGUAAUCAGUGUGCUCUAAACUAGCAUGCCAUCAGUUCCAAGUGUGGGAAGCUAGCCUACCUGCCUGCGCGCUCUAUGGACCCUUGUGUGAGGACGCUUCAGGGGCUUUGCUAGGGGACUCACAGGUUCAACACUGAGCUUUGGUGUCCAGUGUCAUGAAAGUGAAUCCACAGCAAGCUCCAUUAUAUGGUAAAUGUGUGCUGACUGUGCAGUUGAGCGAUGCGGAGCUGGCCCCGGCCGGUGAUGUGGAGGGGGCCGAGUUCUAUCUGCUCUUCUCGGGCAGCAGACAGAGACACCUGAGCUCCGCCCUCCUGACCAAGGAGCAUGGCAGCCUGCAGGCCCUCUGCCCAGCUCAUGACUGCUGUGAGUCGGUGCUGGUCACCGUGUGCGUGGCAGCACCUGCAGGGGCCGCCGUGGAGCAGCUGGGCCAGGUGCAGUUCCAGUUUGUGCAGGACCUGGCGUUCGACAUGGCCCAGUUCCUGGUGAGCACGGUGGGACGGGCGGACGGCCUGGACGGGGUGCUGAUGCUGGACGAGUGCCAGAUCCCGCUGCAGGAGUGCGAGAAGCUGGACCACAGCCUGGCCCUCGCGCUUAGACACCUCCACCUGCCCACAGGGUGGAGCCUGCUGGGAGCUCACCUGGGAAAGGACACAGAGCCUGAGCCCCAGGAGACUCUGCUGCACUUCGCCGGUCGGCGUGGCCUCCUGCUCGUUGCCUCUUUCCUGCUCCAACAGCGGGGGGCGCUAGAGGCCCUCACGCUCCCCAACAAGCAGGGCUGCACCCCGGCCAACCUCGCCCAGAGCCAUGGUCACCACCACCUGCUGGAGCUCCUCAACAGGGAGGGAGUGACGGAGCAAGAGGGCGAUGCAGUCUCUCAGUGCCAGCUCUCCUCUGGUGACUCCUCUGGUGUGCUGGAGCACCACCCAUCCCUGGGCACCUUCACCCUGAGCAUAGUGGCAGGCAUAGUACCGGGUGUGGGCCAGCUCAGCCUGCAGGAGGACAUACAGCAGCUCUGCCACCUGAUACAGCACCACACGCAGCUCAGCAAGGGAGGAGCCUGGGUUCAGAGGCAGGAGCAACUGGAGCAGUUGGAACUAGAGUGGAAGACUGAGUUGGAGUCGCAGCACACUGCCCAAGAAUGUGGAGAGUGCCCUGCCUCAGAGGAGGCCCACGUGGAGCUAGAGCAACUCGACUCCCUCUCCUCCACAGAUGAUCAGGGUCCUCCCGAAACCAGCGAGAGCUCGAAAGAAAACACACACGCACGUGCGAGCGCCGCCGACCCGUCAGGAGAACACGGCACCCCAUGUGCACGGCCCCCCCUCGUCGUCGGCUCGGAGACCUCCGAGCCUAUCACAGGCCUCUGCGAUCAGGAUCAGGAUGGGGAGGAGGAGUGUGUUUGUGAAAACACGGAGUGCGAUACCUCCACAGCGCCACCGGCAACAACAGCAGAGGAGCACGGGGAACAUGAGGAGGGCGCUGGUGUAGCGGAGGCCGGGAUAACGCCACCAGAUAACACAGACGCCGCUCCACAGGGGCCGGCCCAGGGCGAGGGCCCAGAGAUUGGGGUGCUAUCCUGCCACAGCGCCAGAGAGGAAACCGACACGGCCCAAGGCUUAAUCUGCGCCACGCAGGGGGGCGCCGAGGGGAGGAGGGAAGGAGACGGGGGGCAGCAGGAGGAGGAGGAGGAGGAGGAGGAGGAGGAGGAACAGCUUCCAGACCAAAAACAUCCAUCUGGCCUUGGCAGAGUUGCCGACGCAGCAGAAGUGAGAGAAACGGCAGAAAGUCCUGAAACAGCAGCAGCAGCAGGAACACAGACAGAAGCAGCAGCAGCAGCAGCAGGAACAGCAAUCGUAGACAUGGGCCUCACACUGUCUCUCCAAGACCUGGAGAGCUCCGACACAGACUCCAGGGACUGUUCGCAGGAUGUGGACACAGGCAGAGACGGAGAGGGAGAGGACAAGGAGGACGAGGGUCAGGAGGAGGAAGAGAGCAAGGAGGAAAAUGAGGAGUUUGUAGAUGCCAGAUCAAACUCACUGGAGGGAGAAAAUUCCUUGUUUGUAGAGUGUAGUGACGGCGUACUUGACACCACGACCCACUUGAGUCCUCUCAAUGAAGACCCAGGUCUAAAAGAGGAGGAACUGACAUUGGAGGCAAAAAGCCCACAACACAGUGAACAGAGUUCUGAAGUGGAGGCCACCCCUGAUGAGACAUGUGCUGAGAAUGAGGUGGAGGUGGAGCAGACUGCAGUAUCUGCCCAAACUCUAGAGGGCAGCGUUGAGACAGAGACUCCACCACCCAGUGAACAUGUUAGUGAUUGUGCUGAGGCUACAUGCAGUGAGGAAGUUGAGUCAUCUGGGGAACAAAACACAGAUGGACUAGCCAAGAUUGUCGACGACGGUGACAUCACGUCCCCUGUGUCUGACUCAGGGUGUGAUCUUCCCUCGUCGGCCGUGGACCCGGAUGUGACGUCAUUGGAUGAACCACUGGAGGCUUCCCCUGACACACACCUGAAUGACAGCACUGAGACAGACCCCUCAGGGCCUAUGAGGUCUAUAGACACAGGCGAGGACUUAAACGGCCCAGAAUGCAAAGCUGAGCUCCCCUGUACUAAGGGUGAACCUGAGAGAAAAGAAGACACAGAACAGGAAGAGGAACAGCACCAGGAACAGGAAGAAGAGUGUCCGCCAUCUCCAGACCGCCACAGCGCCCCUGAGCCUGGGGAGACCUCCAGGAAGAAGGGGCGAUACAGAGACGCAUCUCUGACGCACUCGGAGGAGUCUCGUCCGGCGUCUAGCGACGACACUCUCGAGGCUCUGGACGAGGACUCGUCCACCAUGUCAGAAAGCGAGCAGCAGGGGAGGUCGUACAUCCCCGGAGGCCAGCCCAAGCAGGUGGAGGAGACCACAGAGCUGGGAUCAGAUGCACAGGUGUGUGAGGAUCCUCCGCCUGAAGCUUGUGACGCUGCGGAUGCCUCUGAGAAUCCUUCUGAUGUGACGUCUGCUGGAGAAGCAGACAGUAUUGCCUCUGACACAAUCUGCCCUGAGGUAGUCAUGGAUACUGAGGCCGUCUCCCCAUCUGACGCUGCGCCUGCCAGUGAAGUAGAACCUGCAGCUGAGGGAGCAUCACACGCACGAGCCGGCUGCAAUGACGAGCAUCAGUCAAAACCGGAGGAACACACUCCUCCUACGCAGGGUUCUGAGGAAGAACCUGAUGGUCUGGAGAAGGCUGCCAGGCGUGUUCCAGAGGGAACACACACACCAGUGGGAGAGGGGGAGGUGGAGGAUGGGGAGGGGGAGGACGCAACCCCCGAAUCUUCCUGUAAGGCCUCGAGCCCUCAGCAGGUCAAUGAAGAGGUCACGGCAGAGGUCAGUGAAGGGGUCACGGAGGAAGUCGCUCUGCUGGCCAGUCCCAGAAUGACCCGGGCUCUGGAGGGACCCAGCCCCAUAGAGAUGACACAGGAAGUACCAGAGGAAGUGACUACAGUUGAACUGCAGGACAUUUCCACUGAUGAAGCUAUCUCUUCAGUUGGUUGUCACAUCGAUGCAGAACACGAGGUAGACAUGCUAACAGCAGCAGAGCCAUUGGACUACACAGCAGAGAUACAGCUCGGCCUGGAGACAGACAGCUAUCGGUCGCUGAUCCACAGAGAGAAGGACUCCGUCUCUUUGCCCCCAGACACACUCAAGCACCACAGCCUGGAGAAAGGGACCAGCAUAGACUCCACAGAUUCCCCUCAGAGUUCCAGGAGCUCCAUCUCCACCCUACAGAGAGACUCAGGCAGCGACACAGAUGGGUUCUGCAGUACAGACACGGGAGAGGACAAUGUCUUUAGGAAGGGCGAUGACACCGUGACAGGCGACAGCACCAGCGAGGUCUCGGUCUCCUGCUCCUCUACGGACGACGCGGCCAGUUUGGGCAACCCUAGCUCUUCCUCCUCCUCUUCCUCCUCCUCCUCCUCUUCACGGCUGCUGAGCGGAGAGGUCGCCCGGCGCCUGGGCCCCAGUGGAGGUGUGCCCGGGGGUGUGGACACAGAAGAGGAGGCGAAGGACUGCGUGUCAGACUCCCCGCUUCGCUCCACGCUCCUGCGCUCCAGCAUCCGCUCGCUCUCUCCGUUCCGCAGGCACAGCUGGGGCCCGGGGAAGAACGGGAUCACGGACACGGACAUGAACCAGCGCAGUGCACUGCCAUGCUUUGGGGAGGGAAAGCCGGCAUUUCACAGACGAAGUCUGAGCUGGUGUCCCUCUGCUGUGGCCCUGAGGCCGUGUGUGGAUCAGUAUAGUGACUUCAGUUUGAGUCUGGAGGGGUUGGCGGCGGACGGUACUGAUGGCAAGGACUGGCGCCCCCAGAUUGUGCCCGCACAGCAGGGCAGGCGGGUUGGGCGGCAGGAGAGCGAUGAGAGAGGGUCACUCGUCUCUCUGACCGAGGAGGAGCAGGAAUCCGACAUGGCCGACGGCAGCAGCCUGGACAGCCAGAAGUCGCGGCGGUAUCAACCAGUAAGACGUAGCGUUCCAUCCAUGACUCUGCCCCUCACCAAGUCCGUGUCCAUGAUGGCCAUUAGCCAGAGAGAUAUUGAUGCGGUAGGACGCAUUCGCCAAAAGCGCCGAAUCUCCUUCGCCUUCAACUUCUCCCCAGUCCUCCUCAAAUCCAAGCGCCCGCAGGCCGUCCCCUACUCGUCCAGCGACGACGAAGGCGACGAUGAUGAUGAUGACGACGGGGACAGCAUGAGUCUGAAUUCAUUCUCCAGUGUUGCUGGAUCAGUAGACUACAGCAGUAUCACUGAGGAGGAGCCAGGGCCUCUGAGAGGGGACUUCGAAGGGAAGAGUGGGACCAAAGUCAGCCGCACCUUCAGUUACCUCAAAAACAAGAUGUACAAGAAGACACGGGAGAAAGACAAAGAGAGACAUAAGGAGAAAGAGGCGAAGGAGCGGGAGAAGAGGACGGUGAACGGCCACCUCUUCAGCCAUGUUGGAUCCUGCCAGCCCACCAUGUGUCCACAGUGUCACAAAGCCAUCAGCUCCAAGGAGGCCUUUCUCUGCAACAAUUGCUACGUGUGUGUCCAUAAAGGCUGCAGAGAAUCGCUACCUGUUUGUGCCAAGAUGCAUAAACAGCAGCAGCGCGCCGUCCCAGACUCUGCCACCAUGCCCGCUGUCACACUAAGACCCAAAUCCUCAGGGUCACGGGAACGCCCCUGGUCGGCCAUCUUGUCCCCGGAGGAGCACUCUUUGGUGACGGCCCCGCGCAGACACACACUCAUGCCCUUCAACAGCAGCAACCUCUCCAAGAGCAUCUCCAUCAGCAACAUUGCAGGGCCAGUGUUCGAUGAUAUCCCUCUGAAGGGAUUGCGCUAUCUGUCCCAGUCUACUGACUCCCUGCACAAGCCCAGCAAGGUCAAUGAGUCCACCGAGUCUCUCGUAGAUGAAGGAACAGAGAUGAUUGACACCCAGCUGAUGGGUGAGUUUGAGGCGGACGCCAAAGAACUGGAGGCCGACUCCUGGAGCUUCAUAGUGGACAAGAAGUACCUGAAGCACCUGAAGAAGGAUGCCAUCAAGAGGCAGGAUGUCAUCUACGAGUUGAUCCAGACGGAGAUGCACCACGUGCGGACGCUGCGCGUGAUGGCGGAGGUGUACUGCAAGGGCCUCCAGAAAGAGGUGCAGCUGGAGGUCCAGAUCCUGGAGCGCAUGUUCCCCGUCCUGGACGAUCUGCUGGACAUGCACACACACUUUCUGUCCUGCCUGCUCGAGCUCAAGAGGGACGCCCAGCUCCAGGCUGGAGACAGUGGGGGAUUCGCCAUUGAGAGGAUCGGAGACGUGCUCGUUAACCAGUUCUCAGGGCCCAGAGCCGACUCCAUGAAACGGGUCUAUGGGAAGUUCUGCAGUCGCCACAACGAGGCUGUGAACCUGUACAAGGAGCACCAUGCCAAAGACAAGCGCUUUCAGGCCUUCAUCAAGAGGAAAAUGAGCAGCAGUAUAGUGAGGAGGAUGGGUAUCCCAGAAUGCAUUCUGCUUGUCACUCAGAGAAUAACCAAAUACCCAGUAUUGCUGCAGAGGAUACUUCAGAACACCAGAGAGGAUGAGGAGGACCACGCUGAGCUGACCCAGGCGCUGAUCCUGGUGAAGGAGGUGAUCGCGGCGGUGGACAGCCGCGUGAGCGAGCAGGACAAGCGCCGGCGCCUGAAGGAGAUCCACUCGCGCACCGACAGCAAGUCCAUCAUGCGCAUGAAGAGCGGACAGAUGUUCGCCCGCGAGGACCUGCUCCGCGGACGGCGCCUGCUGCACGACGGAUCACUGCAGCUCAAGAGCGCCACCGGCAGGCUCAAGGAUGUCCAGGCCUUGCUGCUGUCAGACAUCCUCGUGUUUCUACAGGAAAAAGAUCAGAAAUACAUGUUUGCCGCACUGGACCAGCGGUCGACGGUGAUCUCCCUGCAGAGGCUGAUUGUGCGCGAGGUGGCCAACGAGGAGCGCGGUCUGUUCCUCAUCACGGCGGGCACGGAUAAGCCAGAGAUGGUGGAGGUCCACGCCAGCUCCAAGGAGGAGCGCAACAACUGGAUGCAGCUCCUCCAAGACGCCAUGCAGUCCAUAGAGAAGGAUGAGGAUGAGGGCAUUCCCAGUGAGACAGAGGAAGACAAGAGACUGAUGGAGAGCAAAGCCAAGGAGCUCAGAGAUAUUCUGAAGAAGAAGGAUGAUCAGAUCGUGAGCCUGCUACAAGAGAAGAUGAAGGUGUUCCGGGACAUGUGUGACUGUGGACAAGUAGACGACGGUUCUUCCUGUUCCAAGAUGCUGUUCCGUGCCUGCAACGAUGAUGUGCCCAAAGGAGAACCCAUCAUGAAGGACGCGCUCAAGGAAGUUGAGACGCUUCAGACGCUGGUGAAUGGGAGUCUUGGCGGGGCCGUGGGGCAGCAGGUGCCCCAGGAGGCGGUGGGGGGAGUGGGCCCUGUGAGUCUGCCACGCCGGGCAGAGACCUUCGGAGGAUUCGACAGCCACCAGAUGAACAUAUCCAAGAAUGGAGACAGAGAGGACGGGGAAGACGCAGCAGAUCUGAGGAGGACAGAGUCAGACAGCGUGCUUAAGAAGGGAGGAAAUGCCAAACUGCUGAAGAGGAACAGUGAACAGGUGCUUCAGAGUGUCACAAACCUCCACGACCUUCUGGCCUCACUACAGGCAGUGGUGGUUCAGCAGGACACCUUCAUCGAGGACCAGCGCCAGGCCUUGUCGGAGCGCCCCUCGUCUUCCUCCUCCUCCUCUUCCUCUCGACCGUCGUCACGUCCCAACUCCCUGAUCGAGCAGGAGCGCCACCGGAGCCUGGAGAAGCAGCGCCAGGAGGUGGCGGCGCUGCAGCGCCAGCAGGCGGCGCACGCGGAGGAGCGCAGGAAGCGCGAGCGCCAGUGGGAGACACGCGAGGGCGAGCUGACGGACCGGGAGACGCUGUCCCAGGCCCGCGAGGAGGAGCUCCACAGGAGGAGGCUCGAGUUGGAGCAGGCCAGGCGCGAACUCCAGGCCAAGAAGGAGGACUACCAGAGGGACCUGGAGCGCCUUAGAGACGGACAGAGACGCCUGGAGAGGGACCGGGAGAAUCUGCGGCGGGAGGUGGAGAUACUGGAGCAGCUCAAACAGGAGAAGCGCAUGCAGCGAACCCCCUCCAGUACGUCUGAGGACUCCCUGCAGCUCCAGGGCGGGGGCGGCAGCUCUUUGGAGCCAGAGGCAUGCGACUCCGACCCCCCCAGGAAGAACUCGAUGAGCCGGCUGGACCCCAAGCCCAAGGGGCGCACGCUGAACCCCUUCAGCAUGAACUCGGGGGGGCGCAGCCAGGAGGGAGGGGUGCAGAACCAGAUGCCCAACCGUCUCUUGCAGCUAGCCAAGAGCAAAGACAAGAAGGACAAGAAGAAGAAGAAGAGCAAGCACCCAAUGGCGCCAGAGUCCCAGCUGCUGCCGCUGACGGAGCCCACCGCCGAUGGGGAGAUCUACUUCUGCUGAUGCCCCUGAGUGCCCUACACUCCCACUCUGCCCUGGCACCAAUCACAGCAAUGAAAGCCAAUGCCAUGCUGCCCACAGGCCACAAGCCCCCCUGUACUUUACCACUCUAUUACCCCAUGAGCAUGCUCUCUGAGGGGGUGGGGUGAGGAAGAGAUAGGUGGUGUGGUGCCCCCAGGGCAUUUGCCCUCUGUUGUGAUGCCCCGUCUCUUUCCCAUCUGAUUUGUCCCGUUCUAGAAGUGUACGUCGCAGCGCAGCACAGCCAGAAACACACCACACACAUGCCCCACCGCUGUGUUUUAAUGGGUCUGUGUCUGUUUGUGUAGGGCUGAUACAGAGGGGUUUGGUUCUCCAGUUCUACGGUUCUCUUCAGUUCUCCGGUUCUCUUUGUUCUCCCAUGCUGCCUUUGCUGGCAGGCUGAUCCUGUGUGCUGAAACACAAGGGGCCACUUCAGCUCUCAUGUAGCCCACCGCUGACAUUAGGAUCAGUCGGGGCCCUGUCCUCAGGCGCACGUGCUCCAGCCCAGACAGCUCACUGGCUGACUCAGCUGUCACUGAACGUGCUCCAGCCCAGACAGCUCACUGGCUGACUCAGCUCUCACUCAACGGUGUCCUCAAAGGACUAACAAAACCACAGAAAGCAAAAAAAAAAAACACACCAUAGCAAAAACAACAAACAAAGAAAAAAAACAGGACUUCAGUAAUAUGUUUCGAGGCAGUGUGAGUUGAGGGACCAUGGCAGCGCUCCACGCCCCAACAGCUUGGACAACGCGCCCAAGAAAGGUUCUUCUUUUCCCAGAACCUUCCAGUUCCCUUCUCACAUAUCCGUAUCGAUCGUUCAAUGCUACUCCUCCAGUCAUUGCACUUGACGUGGCAAUGGUAAAUCGUUCAAAAGCUUGUGUACUGCAGAUUUACAGUAUGUUCAGAGUUAGCCGUUAUGUCGUUGUGUUGCACUACAUGGCAAUAAGUAAUCCCUUAUCCUUAUGUUCAUGUCCUCAUGUUCUCUAUAGCCUCAUGUUCUUGUGCAGAUGCACGUCUGUUUCCUCUGUAGACCCUAAGACCAUUAACCUUCGCUGACCUUGCACAGGUGAUUGCUGAGAAAUCAGAGAACAAUACAUUGCAUCGUACAAGGUUAGGUUCACCUCUUCUCCCCGCUAAUGACAAUGCAAAGCUGUUUUGCGGUUCUGCUUUUAAUCAGCUCAUUUCAGCUAAAAUGGUUCCAUGCCAAGGAGCACUUUAAACAGUCACUCAUCAUCUCCUCUUUAUAGAGCUGAGAGUUGAUCCAGUUUACUCCCAAAGAUUAAUCAAAGGGAUUUAUGGACUGAUAAUCAGGCAGGGAUUUCAGACGGAUUUCCACCGCAGUGUUAGUACCUUGCGCUUGGCUUCCCUGCCAUCUUUAUGGAGUAACGUUUGAUAAAUGACUUCGAUCCCUUGACAUGUAAUGACACAGUAAAUGAACUGCAGUUAAGCCAAGGGCUUUCAGAUGAAAAUGAACAGGAGUCCUGUUCGUAAUUACACAGAGACAAGAGAGAAAUGAACCAUUUUGGGUGGUUUUUCAGACAAGGGCUGAACCCGUAUAUAGAAAGAUACAUUAAUAAUGACUUUACCUGCAGGUCAGGUAUUCCCCAGUAGAGGCUGACUGUGGAAACAGAGCUGGCCCAGAUGUGGGCCUGUUCUCAGCCGGAGUCUGCCAUCUGAUCUGCACGUGUAAUGCAAAAAGCUCAGAAUACUGUAUAAUAUUAUCCACAGGCCUGGACAACACAGACAUGAUUUUUGUUUUUGCUCCUAGAGAUGAACUCAUCCCUCUCCUCCCCCCACACUCACACCUUUCUAACACACUGAGUGGCUUUAGUCUGUCGUCGUUAUUCUGUCUUCCUCUUCCUUGUUUGUUCAGGACUGGACAGGACUUUGAUUUUUCUAUAACCCCAGGAUGCAAAGACUCCUCUGGGAUCCAUCAAGUCCCCAGGGGAUGAUCCUUGCUCCUUUGUCUUGUCCCCACCAGGGGACAGUAGCGAGCCCUGCACGUCUCGUGAUUUACGGGGGUAUUUUUUCCCUUGCCUGACUGAAGUUUUUGAGUCAUUGUUGACUGUCCUCUUCGGGUCAUUUCAGUACUAAACCAUCUGCGUCAUCCUGACGAGCGGGUAGUCAUAGUGACCAAGAGACUUCACAAGUAUCCUUCAUUCAGUAAAAAGAAAUGAUCCAUUUCACAUUAUUUGCGAGCAAUCUUGAGUUUGGCCUUAAUUUAUAGGAGAUAAGAGACAGGACCAGGCCCAAGACUUCCCUCUCAGGAGAGAACCUCAGAGAAGACAAAUCAACUCAACUCAAAUCAGUAGUUUCUUAGAGUGAUCCUUUUUUUAGUGGUUUUCCAUGGAGUCUCUCAAAUAGGAUUAAAAUGUUAUAGCCUUAAACAGAAAAAAAAGAAUGCACUAAAUUCAAUCCAGCAUCGUCUCAGGAGGUCUUUGGUAAAGAUUUAAAAAAAACUGUACUCCUGCUUUGAGAGCAAGGAAUUAUUUUUAUGAAAUGGUACAGUUUAAUUUUGUUUGUUUGUUUAUUUGUUUCCUUGCCGAAUAAUGUAUAAAAAGGACAGAGACAAAAUGUAAAAUGUACAUAUGAACUGUGUAUAAAUUUUAAUGUAAAAGUAUGAUUUUUUGUGUCUUGUUUGUGAUUGAUAUCAAUAUUUUGUAAUGAGGCUUAUUUAUCGUUGAUCCCCGCUAAAAAUGUACAGUUAUAUAUCACUCAUAUUAAAAAUAUUAUGACCCAAAAA